AAGAUCAAGAAGAAGCGUUUUUAAACAAGAUCAAUAAAUAGAGAAAGGACAAUCCCUAAAAUAGUGACAGACCUCACUGGUUGACAAAAGCGAUAAAGUUUUGUUGUUUAAUGACCAUAUCAAAAGCUCAGUAUUCCGAAGAAAUCAUAAGAUAUUCAUGGUUUUAAUGGACGAAUGUCAUUCGAAGGCCGAUCGGUGGGCGGGGGCCCCUCGGCCGGGGGUCCCCCUAUCUCCAACAGCACCGGAGGCAGAAGGCCCCCCAGUACAAAUGGAGCCUGUCGAUCUUAGUGUUAAGACACCUGUAGUGCUGCAAGUACCCAAGUAUUCACCGCAAAGGCUCAAGAAUCCGUCGUCGUCCAUUUCUAAAGUUACCUCAUUGCCCGUAGAAACCCGUAAAAUCCCUGCCAUAAAACAAGAACUAUCAGUGCCUUUAAGAUUAGAAUCGACAAGUUUAACCCCGUCCACAGCCCUCAUGGCAUUGCAAAGGAUCAAAGAUGCCACCCUAACGGUUCAUAAACACACGACUAGUACUAACAUGCAGUCGUCGCACAGCGAAACGGUUCCCCUCAACAAUAAUUACGAGGAAAGAAAACCGGAGGAAGCAACAGUCAGGAGGCGAAAGGUGCACAGGUGCGACGUGGCAGAUUGCAACAAAGUAUACACGAAAAGCUCGCAUCUAAAAGCGCACAAACGGACGCAUACAGGUGAGAAACCGUACCAAUGUUCUUGGGACGGAUGCACCUGGAAAUUUGCGAGGUCCGACGAACUUACACGACACUAUAGGAAACACACCGGCCAGAAACCUUUCAGAUGCCUCUUGUGCCAAAGGUCCUUCAGUCGAUCGGACCAUUUGUCUCUACAUAUGAAGAGGCACUAGCAAAUUUUUACUUUUUUUUUAUAUAUAUA